CUCCGUCCGCCACGCAACGAGAUGACCCGUGUAUUAUGCCACUCGUUGACCCAUUAAUGCAUUAGCCUCAAUGCAUCACCCCAUUCGUAUAUAUGAUAUGAAAUACCCUUGCCACGACCUGCUUCACAGGGUUCUCUGCUCCCACUCACCUCCUAGUGUCUCUAGGCUGUCGCGAAGAACAUUCACCCGCCCAAAUGACUGUUGAAAGUGCAACGAAUGAGGACAGCAAGCCCACUAAGGAAGCUGGCGCGUCAUGGAAGCAAAACGAAGAACAGGUCUUACCCAAAAACCACUUGUGGAUCGUUUUCAUUGGGUUAAUGUCCACCCUCUUCUUGGCCGCCUUGGACCAGACAAUCGUCGCUACAGCUUUGCCCACUAUUGUGGCAGAUCUUGGCGGCGGGAGGAACUAUAGUUGGGUUGGAAGCGCCUACAUGGUGACAUGUGCUGCCCUCGGGCCAUUGUAUGGUAAACUCUCUGAUAUGCUAGGCCGAAAGCCCGUGUUAUAUGGUUCCAUUGUGAUAUUCUUAGUGGGCUCCGCGUUUUGUGGUGCUGCCCAAAACAUGACGUGGCUUAUCAUUUCCCGUGCAUUUCAAGGCAUUGGGGGUGCCGGUAUCGUUCAGCUCGUCCAGAUCACUAUCUCGGACAUCGUCUCCUUGCAGGAUCGAGGAAAGUACGUUGGAUACAUUGGCUCAACCUGGGGGAUUGCAAGUGUAGUAGGACCGCUUUUCGGUGGAGUUUUGACCGAUAAAGUCUCGUGGCGCUGGUGUUUCUGGAUUAAUCUGCCCACUGGCGGUAUCGCGGGUGCCUUGCUGUUCUUAUUCUUGAAUCUCAAUUCGCAUCAGCGAAAACCGUGGCGUGAAUACGUCCAUGAAUUUGAUUUUCUUGGACUUGCGUUCAUAGUAUCUGGAGUUGUCUGCUUGUUAAUGGGGUUCAAUUCGAGUCAAAUUAAUUGGCGAAGUGCAGAGACAAUCGUGCUUCUUGUGGUUGGCGGAGUUCUGCUUGGCGCUGGGGGGGUCAACGAAAUAUACACCAAACGAUCAGCGAUCAUCCCCGCAAGAUUGUUUAAAACACGUACAACUAGUGCCAUCCUGAUCUCUUCCUUUUUACAUGCAUUUAUGUUUUUUAACGGCUCCUACUACCUGCCUAUGUAUUACCAAGUUCUUGGUGCUUCUGCUACGGUCUCUGGCGUUCGGACGCUCUCCUUUUCCCUCGGUAACGUACUUCCGUCCAUCUUAUCAGGGAUCUUAGUUACCCGAACUGGAUCCUAUCGUCCACUGAUGUGGGGCGCUUGGGCGGUAAUGACUAUCGGAUGGGGUCUCAUGAUUAUGUUGGAUAGUACUUCUAAUAACGCUGAGAAGGAACUAUACCCACUGGUCACGGCAAUCGGGGUUGGUUGCUUAUUUCAGACGCCACUUAUCGGGUUGCAGGCUGCUAUGCCCCUGAAGGACAUGGCCACCAGCACGGGUGCAUUUGUUUUUCUCCGGAUGCUCGGUGGAACCCUCGGGAUAACCACCGGCGAAAUUAUUAUCUCAAACGUGCUCGUCCGAAAACUUAUUGGGAUUCAAGGUCUGAGUAUAGGUACUUCUGUUGCGGACAUCAAUGAUAGCGUAAGGCAAAUUGCUUCGAUUUCCAAUCCUACCAUUCGAGCGGAGGUCAUGCACGCGUACGCUCGAUCCAUCAGUACGAUCUGGCUGGUUAAUACACCUGUUUCUGGAUUUGGGUUCCUGGCUGUACUGUGUAUCAAGGCCUAUACACUGAAACGAAACAUUGUCCGCAGUGGGGCUUCCAAACCAAUUGACACAGAAAAAGGGGCUGCACUUCAAUCAGAAGCCGAAGCUGGUACCGGUGGCGUAGAAGUCACGGACACUAAAGGAACAGGGAAUGACGAAGAAGUUGCACGCGACGAUACCACUGAACGAACGCACGUUUCGUCUUAAGUGAACUCGAGAAGCCAGUGCAGACGAACUUCACUUACUGUAAUCCGGAUAUCCAACACAAUUGGGCCCUCCCUAUGGUGUCUCUAACCCCAAGCAACACCCAUAGACACUG